AUGAGGCUGUUCGCAGUGAUUUUCUGGCUAGGCUGGGCUAUUGGCCUGGCGGGAGCCAAGAGCCCGAGUCCCGAGACGGGCAGACUGAUAGCCUCCCUCCAAGCAGCUCCGGCUCCGGCGCCAGCACAAAGUGUGAUCUACAAGCUGCCACCGCAGCACUAUUACCCGCCACCUCCGCCUCCUAUACAGCACUUACCGCAGCACUGCAAUUGUCCACCGGGACCACCAGGACCUCCGGGACCUCCUGGCUUGCCAGGAGUUCCGGGCCAACAGGGUCCCAAGGGGCCCAGCGGAGCUAAGGGUGAACGAGGCGAGAAGGGAGAGCGUGGUCAUUACGGUUUACCGGGAUCUCCGGGACAACCGGGACCCAUGGGACCACCAGGAAUGCCCGGACCACCUGGUCACAAAUCGAGAAAUGAUCACCACGAUCACGAUCAUGGUCAUGAUCAUCAUCACCAUCACCACCACCCACACCCACACCCACCUCCGCCUCCUCCUCCACCGCCGCCGCCGCCGCCUCCACCGCAUCAUCACCACCACCCGCACCCACCCGUUAUUCCACCUCCAAUUAUAGUUCCCAUUCCAAUCCCAGCCCCUUCGAAGGGUGGUGGUGGUCACCAUCAUCAUCACAAAGGAUCCGAUGGCCCUCCCGGACCACCAGGUCCACCAGGAACGGGACCUCCUGGACCACCAGGACCACCAGGCAUCACGUAUCCCCCUCCUCCUCCCCCACCUCCAUACCCACCGUAUCCGUACCCACCAGGACCCUAUCCAGGACCAGGUGGACAAAUCCCCUGGAUUCCCGUGCCAGUGCCAGUACCUUGGCCUUCCAAGGGACACAAGGGAGACAAGGGGCACAAAGGCGGACACAAGGGAGACAAGGGCGGACACCACCAUCACUACUAUCCACCAGGACACAACAAGGGCGGUCAUUAUCCGUAUCCACCCCAUAAUGGUGGACAUGGCGGACAUGGCCACAAUCAUCCAGGCCACAAUCAUCCAGGCCCUUAUCCGCCACCUUACCCGCCGCAUGGUGGAGACAAGGGUCAUCAUCACCAUCACCAUCCCUCCCACAAUCACGGAGGUGGAAAUGACGGGCACAACCACCAUCAUCCAUCUCACAAUAACGGAGGGCAUGGGCAUCAUCAUCAUCCCUCGCACAACCACGGAGGUGGAAAUGACGGGCACAACCAUCAUCAUCCCUCUCACAAUAAUGGGGGGCAUAACCAUAAUCAUCCCUCCCACAAUCACGGAGGUGGACAUAACGGCCACAACCAUCAUCACCCCUCUCACAAUAGCCCUCCCUCCCAUCACAAUGGAAACGGAGGACACAGCCAUCCCCCGCCGAAUCCCAAUGAGCCGGGUGGCAGUGGUGAACAAAGCCCCCGCGAUGAUCUAGACUUGCUGGAUGAAGAUGUAGAGAUCGUCGAGAACAUAAUCGAUGAUAAUGACUUUAUGGAGGGCGCGGAAGAAACACCGUCCGAAAAUUCAGAUUCCGAGACUGAACCCGAGGAUGCGGGCUAUGUUGGCUAUGUAGACAAUACAGUGGAAGUUAUGGAAACUCCUGUUUACGCUGAAGAAGCAAAUGAGGAGGAGCCAAAUUUGAAACCAGAAGAAGCCGUUGAAGCCGUAGAAGACGAACCUGUAAUGGAGGAUCAGAUGGACAUGGAAAUUGUAAUGGAGGAUAACCAGUCUUUCGAUGGUGAUGCAAUCGAGGAGCGAACCAACAAAGGUCCAAUUAUCCUGGCCAUUGGAACUCCCAGAAAUCCAUUUCACAUUUAUGCCUAUGAACAGUAUACCACAUAAACAA